ACAUCAAUCCAUCACGACCAGGAAGCAUGCCGGGAGACGCCGCCGAUGCACCUUCCCCGGGCGCCGCGGCAAGAGCCGAAUGCCUGAAAACGGCGGAGAGAAUCCUGCUGGGGGGCGGCCGGGACGAGCAAGAGCACGAGCACGAGCACGAGCACGAGCAAACCAAAGACCCCGAGAAAGAACGAGAUCGCUUGGACGCAAUUCCCGGCCCGGACCGACUCGUCAAGCUCUGCGAUGACCUCCGGGACGUCCUUUCCGCGUCGGCCCGGGAGGAGGAAGCCUGCCCGGUGCGCUCGGUGCUCUGGGACCCACAAGGGGCACCGGCAGCGGAACCACCAACAUCGGCAGCGGAAGGCACCGCCGCCACCGCCAAAGCAUCCCGGGACGUCCUCGCCACGGAGGCCGACCUGUACCGYGCCCUGUGGCUGGCCUGCCUGGUCCUGCGCUCGUCGAUCGGUCCGGAGGCCAACCCCGGCCUCCGGAGGGGCCUGGAAACCACCGUAGAACGGUGCCGCUUCCUCSUGGGCAUCCUGGAGGGUGCCCUCGGGCCGAAAGGAUCUCCGGCCACCCUUGCGCAGGACAACAGCGGCGGCAGCAGCGGCGGCAGCGCCUGGGACGACCGCAUCCGGGAAUGGACAAGGCGGACGAGCGGCAACCGCGGGGAGGCAGAGAAUACCAACACCAACACGAACACCAACGACGACGACGACGACGACGACACCUACGGGGAAGACGGCUCCCCGACCCCGCUGGUCUUUACCAGGGAGCAGCUCGAGCAAGAGGAGCGGGAGCUCCUGGCCAUGGCCUCCACCCCGAUCCCCCCGGAAGCCUCCUUCGCGGGCGGUCCUUCUGCCAAGAAGCGCAGGACGGAGGCMRGGACGCCGUUCCGCACCGAGGAACUCGCGCGGCUGUGGCCGGCGGACGAGGUGGAGGCGGCGCACGCAGGGGCGAGGCGCCUCGCCGCCGGGGAACGCCCCGGUGGGGCGUGACGCGACAGGACGAGACGAGGACGCGACGCGACGAGGACGAGACGAACGCAAACACGGAUG